AUGAAACUUCUGGCUGUGGCGUUAUUGGCUCUGGUAGCGGUAUCCGCUGCUAGGAACAUCGAUUUUGAAAAUGUGAUCGAUAUAGAAGCCAACUCAGUAUUUGGAUAUCAUGAAAAAAUUGGUGCUCCAUUGGCCGAAAAGAUCCGUGUAGCUGAGGAAGAAGCUGCAAUUAACCCAUCUAGAAUUGUGGGAGGUUCUUCAGCUCAGCUCGGUCAAUUUCCCUACCAGGCUGGUCUCAUAAUUAUUUUGCCACUCUGGACCAGCGCUUGCGGUGGUUCUUUAGUAAAUACAAGGAAAGUGAUUACUGCUGCUCAUUGCUGGUUUGACGGUCAAUAUCAAGCCAGAAGUUUCACCGUUGUCGUUGGUUCCAUCAAUCUCUACAGCGGUGGUGUAAGACUGUCUUCCUCCAAUGUUGUUAUGCAUCCAAACUGGACACCAAGCCUUGUCCGAAAUGACAUUGCUAUGAUCACUCUCCCUUCUGCUGUGUCAACCUCAAACAACAUUCUUCCAAUUGCUCUGCCAUCUGGCACUGAGCUUAACAACCAGUUCGCCGGUUUUACUGCAACAGCGUCCGGAUUCGGUUACACUAGAGACGGUGGAAGUGUGAGCCCGACCCUGAACCACGUCAACUUGCCAGUGAUCACAAACGCUGUAUGCAGUAACAGUUUGUUCUGGUACGUCCAGCCUUCCAACGUUUGCACCAGUGGUGCUGGUGGUAGAGGAGUGUGCCAUGGUGACUCCGGUGGUCCUCUUGUCGUCACCAGCAACAACAGGCGUAUCUUGAUCGGUGUGACCUCGUUCGGACAUUGGGACGGUUGCCAGAGUGGUAACCCUGCUGCCUUCGCUAGGGUCACCUCUUUCAUCAGCUGGAUUAACCAAAACCUGUAA